AUGCUGAAGAAAAUACCAGCAUUAGAACAGGCAGUAGUUGACCUUGAAAGUAAAGUAAAAAACCUAGAGCAGCAAAACCAACAACCUGAUCUCGAUAAGGAAAUCAAUGAGAUAAAGGAAAAAAUGUCCAAUUAUGAGAAGAAUCAACAAAAAUCUGAACAAUCAUGUAACCAAAACCUAAACUUGAACAACCAAUCUCAGAUUAUUGAUAACGAAUCCUUAUGUAAAACAAUCAAAAAUGAAUUAAAAAGCCAAUCAGAGCUUCUAGCAAGUCAACUGCAAACUGUGUCUCCUGAUGAAAAUUGCAAAAGGAACACAUUGGUGAAUAAUCAAAUUAACCUCGAUACUGUUAGAAAUGCAACUGCAAAUGCUACUGAAAAAAUCAUGGCUCAUAACUCAAAUCAAAAAUCCUCGAAAAACCUGGCUAAACAGAAAUUGGAUAGUUGUGGAGAAUGUGCUAGCAGCUCAAAACAGGGAAUCAAGGGAGCAAAGAAAAAUAGCAGUGGCUUGACUGCAGCUACCAAACAGUCAUGGUUCUAUGUGGGAAAUUUGGGAGCAGGAACCUCUAUGGAGCAAUUGAAAGAACAUCUUACGAGUCACAAUAUUCCUGUGUUAACAAUUGAUAAAUUGCCCACUAAAAAUCAACAUGUUGCUUCUUUUAAAAUUUCGGUUGAUCCUAAAUAUGAGCCUGACCUGUUGGAUGCUGAAAUAUGGCCGGAGGACACUACAAUGGUACUUAUUCACGAUCCCAGUGAAGGAUAA